CCCGCGCUCUCUCAGAGCAUGACGGGAGUUGUAGUUGAGGGGCGUCCCGGGAAGGUUCCCGGUGACGCCUUCUGGUCCGGGGGCGGGCGGUCACAGCGCUCUUUGGCUGAAAGCAGCAGGAACUGGCGACCGAGAGGAGGCUCUAGCGAGGCCUGGAAGGCUGCACAGCCAGUCAGGGGAGGGGGUGCGGGGUGGGGGCGGCCAAGUAGCGCGUCUGACAGGCUGCUGAGGUCGUGACCGCUCGAGGCAGGACCUGACCAGAUCCAGCCUAGAGGCCUGGCUUUCUUCAGGCCUAAUAUUCAGCGGCCGGGUAGGCCUUGCCACAGCCUCCUUUUCGUGCGGCCACCCGGGAUUCCUGCCCUGAUUUUCUGUCUGAGAGAUGGCCUCGCCGAGUCCCCCGCCAGAGCCAAAGGAGUGGGAUUAUCUGGAUCCAGCUCAGAGAAGCCUGUAUAAAGAUGUCAUGAUGGAGAAUUAUGGAAACCUGGUCUCACUGGAAAACUGAGAGAACUGCACUUUGAGGCACCUGUUUACUCUAGAAAAAUUAGCUAUGACCAGAGGAUGGGAACCUGCAGUACAAGCAUGGCAGGUACCUCAGAAGAUGUUUUGAACAGAGAUAAGGAUGAGGAGCCAACUGUGAAACAAGAAAUUGAGGAAAUUGAGGAAGAAAUGGAACCACAGGGUAUAAUAGUUACAAGAAUCAAAAGUGAAAUUGACCAGGAUCCCAUGCAUAGAGAAACCUUUGAACUUGUUGGUAGGUUAGAUAAACAAAGAGGAAUCUUCUUAUGGGAAAUACCAAGGGAAUCUUUGACCCAGGAACAAAGAAUGUUCAGAGGAAACACUAACAUUAUCCGUAAGAGACCAAAUUCAGAAGAGAAAUGUCAUAAAUGUGAAGAAUGUGGAAAGGGUUUUGUCCGCAAAGCUCAUUUCAUUCAACAUCAAAGGGUCCAUACUGGAGAGAAACCUUUCCAAUGUAAUGAAUGUGGGAAAAGUUUUAGUCGCAGUUCAUUUGUUAUUGAACAUCAGAGAAUUCAUACCGGGGAAAGGCCCUAUGAGUGUAAUUACUGUGGAAAAACCUUUAGUGUGAGCUCAACCCUUAUUAGACAUCAGAGAAUCCACACUGGAGAGAGACCUUAUCAGUGUAAUCACUGUAAACAGAGCUUCAGCCAGCGAAGAAGCCUUGUUAAACAUCAAAGGAUUCACACAGGUGAGAAACCCCAUAAAUGUAGUGACUGUGGGAAAGCCUUCAGUUGGAAGUCACACCUGAUUGAACAUCAGAGAACACACACUGGUGAGAAACCCUAUCACUGUACCAAAUGUAAGAAAAGCUUUAGUAGAAAUUCGUUACUUGUUGAACAUCAGAGAAUUCACACUGGGGAAAGACCCCAUAAAUGUGGUGAAUGUGGGAAAGCCUUUAGAUUAAGUACAUAUCUUAUACAACACCAAAAAAUCCACACUGGUGAGAAACCUUUUCUUUGUAUUGAAUGUGGAAAAAGCUUCAGUCGGAGCUCAUUCCUUAUCGAACAUCAGAGGAUCCAUACAGGUGAAAGACCUUAUCAGUGCAAAGAGUGCGGGAAAAGCUUCAGUCAACUUUGCAACCUUACUCGUCAUCAGAGAAUUCACACAGGGGACAAACCCCAUAAAUGUGAGGAAUGUGGAAAAGCCUUUAGUAGAAGCUCAGGUCUUAUUCAGCACCAGAGAAUCCACACCAGGGAGAAGACUUAUUCAUACAGUGAAACCAAGGAAAGUUUUGACCCAAAUGGUGGUCUUGUUAUACAACAGGAAGUCUACCCUAAGGAAAAAUCUUAUAAAUGUGAUGAAUGUGGGAAAACUUUCAGUGUCAGUGCUCAUCUUGUGCAACAUCAAAGAAUCCACACUGGUGAAAAGCCCUACCUAUGUACUGUAUGUGGGAAAAGCUUCAGUCGGAGCUCAUUUCUUAUUGAACACCAGAGAAUCCACACUGGUGAGAGACCCUAUCUGUGCAGACAGUGUGGCAAAAGUUUUAGUCAACUUUGUAAUCUUAUUCGACAUCAGGGCGUUCACACAGGUAAUAAACCCCAUAAAUGUGAUGAAUGUGGGAAGGCCUUUAGCCGGAACUCUGGCCUGAUUCAGCAUCAGAGAAUACAUACAGGAGAAAAACCUUAUAAGUGUGAGAAGUGUGACAAAAGUUUUAGUCAGCAGCGCAGCCUUGUCAACCAUCAGAAGAUCCAUGCAGAGGUGAAAAUUCAAGAAACCCAUGAAUGUGAUGCUUGUGGUGAAGCCUUCAAUUGCCCCAUUUCUCUUAUUCAGCAUCAAAAAUUGCAUGCUACAUGGAUGCAGUAAAUGUGGAGAAAUACUUAAGUUCAGUUUGACUUUAGAUCAGGUACCCAAGUGCAGUUUCAGUAUGGCUCAAUGUGAGUCCCACUUAGUGAUCAAAGCAGAUGCUCUUUGGCCUCAGGCAAAUGGUUUCUAAAGAUUCUGUGAAUAAUGGGUAGCUGCCCACAAGCAGUUGAAGACUUCAUUACUCUUCAUUUUGAUCAGAGAAAGACUCAGUAAUUUAAGCUGCCUUUUUUUUUUCCCCCCAGAUCUCUCAGUGGAGAGGUUAAAGCCAAGUUCAGAGCACUUAAUUAUAAUUAAUAAAAGGGAGAAGAACAAAGUUGCAUAAUGCCUAGGGGAGUUGGAAGCAGCUGAUGUUAGAAAACUUAGUCCUCUGGCACCACAAUUUAUGGUGGUUCUUUCAGUUCCACUAUAUGUUUGGCUGUGUAUGCCAAAGUUCAAUGGUUAAGCAUACGAUUAUGUUUUCAAGGAAACAAAGCCCCCAUUUUUUUUUUAAAGAACUGACAUCCAAAGCUGUUGUCCUUGUUAAAGCCAGUUUGGCAUGUGGGUUAAAGGCAAUUCCAAUGCCAUGUGGUUCCCAGAUCUGUGAAAUGAGUGGACCAUUAAUUUUAUAUGUAAAGAUUAUGUAACAAACCUAGCAAAGGUGUUACCAAGGAACCUUUGGGAGUGCCUUUUUUUUCCCCUAAGAUGGGCCCAAAAAGGUGGAGGAAGACACUGUUCUUUUUAUGCCCUCCAUUCUGUGAAAGAUAUUUGUAGUCCUAGACAGAUUAAAUCUUAUUCCUCUACUACCAGUAGCAUGUGAAAGUGUAAAUAUUUUGAUUAAGAGAGUUGGAAAUAAAAAGACCUGGAGUCUAUGCUAGGAAACAUAUUUUGGUAUUGCUUUGGUUUUUAUGGUAACUAGACUUUGCAUGCAAUCUUUAUUUCUGGUUCUAGGGCUUCCCUUAGUUAAUGGUUAUUAUAAACCUAUUAAUUCAUCUGUUCUAGUCAUUAAAUCUGUUUUGUUUUUU